AUGAAAGGGGACUACCACAGGUAUCUGGCUGAAUUUGCCACAAGAAAUGACAGGAAGGAGGCUGUGGAGAACAGCUUGAUGGCUUAUAAAGCUGCUAGUGCUGUUGCAAUGACAGAACUUGCAUCGACACAUCCCAAUCACUUAGGUCUUGCUCUCAGUUUUUCCAUAUUCUACUAUGAAAUUCUUAAUUCCUCUGAGCAUACCUGCAGGUUGACAAAAGCAGCUUUUGAUGAUGCAGUUGCAGAACUGGCCACACUGAGUGAGGAAAGCUAUCAGGACGCUACAUCUAUCACACAGUUGUCAGUGAUAAUCUGA